GUUUAUUUCGUCUUUAAGCACACAUAAAUACAAGAAGACUAUGGUGCACUUAAUGACGAACGAUACGUGAUUUGUUAUCCAGUAUAAAUUUGGGCAUAUAAAAAUAUGAGUGAAUUGACCGAUGGGUAAAAAAUUGUUUGUAGACAGUCAUGUUUCACUCUGGAAGGAAAACCAACCAGCAAGAUAGAAAUAAAAAUAUAGCAAAGUUUCUCGAUCCUAAACGUGAUACGCAUGCACGGUUAAAAGCUUUAAAAAUCUUACUUGAACUGCUGGUGGAACACGAACUUAAAGCAUUUUUUUCAGAGUACCCGUCUGAAAUUUUCUUCGUUUUUUAUGAGGAGUUUACUAACUUGGAAUUGUCUGCUAAAUCUAAAGGCACAAAAUUAAAAGAUGAAUUGGAAGAAUUACUCGUUUUACUUGAAAAAAUUUUGAUUUACAUACCUGAUAAAAUACAUGCUAGAUGGCACUUUAACAGCAUAGGCUUAAUAUUGCGAAAGCUUCUACAUCAUGGAAAUGUCCUAACAAUACGUGAACAAGGGAUUCGACUUUUCAUGCUGUGGCUUCAAAUAUUACAAAGCAAUGUUGAUGAAUUAAAUCUGGCUGUAUAUGGAAGUAUAAUACCUACUUUUCCAAGCCCAAUUUCAAAGAUAGAUAUACCCUCAACAUAUCGUUCACCAAAAGUGUUGGACUAUCUGAUAUCAUGUAUCAAUGGACAGGGGUACAAUCCUGGUUUAUUUAAUGUGAGUUUAGAAAGUGAGGCAGAAUGGUGUGUAGCAGAAGGUUGCAUGGCCAUCUGCCCUCCUCUUCAGGGAGAUAAAAUACUUUUGCCUGAUGAACUGACGAAGAAAUUCUUAGACAAAAUCUUAGAUUAUAUGACACGCCGGAUGCUUGAUAUUCAGUGGCAUGACAGACACAUGAGAGAAAGUGGUUUCUACCAUGUAUUUUCUCACUUUAAAAGAUUCUAUCUACCUCAUAUCUUUCCACUGUGGAAUCCACAUGAUUACUUGUACAAGGAAAUGACAGAUAUAAUACAUGUUCCUAUCACAGAUGAAACAAGUAUUCUCGAAGAAGGGAAAAUAUACCAGAGAGGCAGCCUAGGCCAGCAGCCUUCAUCUAUUAGUAUGCUUUGCCAAUGUGCUGUUUUACGUUGGUUAAUUGCUUUUGCAAUACGAUUUAAACGUAAAAACAAAACAAGUACAGAUUCUAAAUCUAUUGAUUCAGGCAGCUUAGCUGCUCAAGAAUCCACUGAACUACAACCAAUAUCAGAAGAUGUGUCAAAAACAAGUGCAUCGAGUGAUGAGUCAUCACCAGCAACACGAAGUAAACAGUAUGAGUUAUUGUGUGAAGCAGCUGAUAUUGUCCGAGCUGUUUUUUCCUCUACACAAGAAAAUGUUCUGGCUGUACAUGAGGUUUUUCGGCAGAGUUUCUUAAUGCCAUUAUCAUGUACUGAUGUUAUGGAGCUUGUAUUACUGGUAUAUAGAGAAUGGAUUUUCAAGAUUCAAGACAGACCACUCUUUAUGUUGGAGCCUAAAAAUCCCGAGCUAGAACCAGGUGCUCCUGAUCCACGAAACUGUGCUGACAACUCGCCUUUACUACGAACACCAUCAUAUAAGGAGGCUGUAACAAGCUGCGAACAAGUUUUCUUUUCAAAUCUUCCUGUGCAACAUGUUCGAGCAGGGUUCCAACCCAACGUUCGUCUUUUCAUUGGUAUCACAGCACAAGUGUUUUUUAUGAAGCCAACAAAAGAAAGCAUGUCAAAACAUACUGACAUAUGCAAAAGAAUCAUGAAAAUGUACCGUAGUAUUGUUCUAGCAAUGCGUCUAGACUCACUUACAUGGAGACAGCUACUCAUUGUGUUGUUAAAAAUUGCUGACCACAUACUCACUAGUCGACCUCCAACACCCAGACAUGCAACUAUUGGUGGCCAGUUAGCAAGUUAUUUACUCCAGACCUUAUUUGUGACGUGGAUAAGAGCCAGCUUGCAGGUAUACCUAACUUCAGACUUAUGGGAUGAACUACUUCGUGUUGGUACAACUUUUUCUAGCUGGCAAGAAUUGGUCAAAGAAUGGGCUGGAACCAUGGAAACAUUAACCAGGGUUAUGGGGCGAACUGUGUAUGGCAUUGACCUGCAAGACCCUCCUUUGGAAAAACAAACUGAGAGAGGUAAAAUAAAGAAAGAUAAGCAAAGAAAGGCUUCAGAUGGUUCACCAGAAGAGCGUAACCAAUCUUUUACACGAGGAUGGAGCCAGUUUCAAACACAGAAUCAAGUUAAUUUAGAGCAAAGAACCAACCAGCCGGCAGCAGAAGUUGUGACAUUGAAACCCCUGCAGAAUCCUACAUUCAUGCCACGAUCUGCAUCAGAGCCUGGGAUAAAACAUACAUCAAUGCAAAAACAGCAUGUUGUUUCAAUUUUAAGUGAAAGUUCAAUGAGUGAUACUCAAACUCACAUGCAUGUUCCCAAUUCAGAGCCUGCAUUAAUGACACUAAAAACAGAUGAAGUAAUUCAAAAGGAAAAUAAAGACAAGAAAACACUUGCCGAAAUAGCAGACAACAUAUCAAGUUUUGACAGUGUAACCAGCGAUACAAACAGUGUUUUUACGCACUCCUUUCAUGGCAAUUACGGGACGUUAAAGGAAGCACUUGCACAUGCACCAUUUGCACAUGCACCUAAAGUAAAUGUUCAGAACUCUAGUGACUCUGAAUCUGAAAGCAACGGCUUGAUAAUGUACAAAACACUAGAGGACUGUAACAGUGAAAAUUCACAAAGUCUUGGUACUAUUAAUACCUACCUAAAUGAAUCGAGCCAAAAUCUUUUAGCUGACGAAUACGAGUCCCAAGAAGAGAAUCUCGAUGAGGUGGUUACUGCAAGAUCAAUAAUAAAGCCUUCAAACUAUAGCGAAGAAAAAUGCGAGAUAGAGUCUUACGUUGCAUCAAUAUGCAGUGAUUCAACCAGCCAUUCAGAAGAGCCACUGAGAGGACAUGAAACUCUCUCUGCUCAAGUAUCUAUAUGUUCUGACCAUGACCUCAUCAAUUUUGCAUUGGAUCCUGCUUCAAAAAAGUCAUUGGAUGCUCAGAGUAUUGAUAGUCAUAUGUUUACGUUGAUUGAUAACGAAAGCUUCAAUGAACUGAAAUCGGCAGGGAGUAUUUCCCAAGAUAAUAUUGCUGAAGCCUCUGAAGAUGAAGAUAUUGCAAAUUCUCAGGGUGUAGAAACGACAAGUCAUGUACGCUUUACAGAUGAUUGCAGCUUAUCAGACAACCAGAAGAAACAAGAAGAAGCAGACAAAACAUUGCAAGACCAUAAAAUAUUUAGUGUUAUUGAAGGUGGCAAAGUUGAAGGCUGGACUCCUUUAUCCUCUGUAAUUUUAUGGAAGCGCAUCCUGGGUAUAUUGGGAAAUGUGAAUGAUAUCAAAGAUGCUGAGGUGCACGCCAUGGUCUUUAAGCAUUUAAUACAACUAUGGGAAAUGCUUGAAACAAUCAGAAGAAACCAAGGUGUGAGCAUAGACAAUAAAUCUACUCCACCACUUCCACCUUUGUCUCCACCAUUAUACUUUUGCUCAACAUGGUGUUUUCAGGCAAUGUCUUUGGAGAGUGGACACAAACAAGGCAAAGUCCUGGCAUAUAAGCUCAUGUGUAUGAUGACGAUGAAAAAUCAUGGUCUGUUGCCAUCUCUAGAUCACAUGAUUAAUUUUUUUCGUUUAAUCCACAAUGGUUUAACUGGGUCAGAUCAGGAAGUUAUCAAUGCCAUUAUCAGUCAGUGCUCUUUGUUUUUUGCACUUGAAUUUUCAAGUUCAUCUUGUCUUUUGCUGGACUUUGUAAACGCAGCCACAACUGUUAUAUCAACACAAUACAUGACGCACCCAAGAAAAGAAGCAAUAUCACUCCUUGGUUCCAUGAUAUGUUUACCUGGUGCAUAUCCUAGUCUAAAUAUCUAUCAGCCAGGCAUUCGUAACCACGAAACGAAUGCUCCUUUGCUUGGAAAAGAAUUGAGGGAGAAGAUUUUAAUACCAAUAUUGAAAUCAGCUAAAAAUGAUCCUUCCUGCAGAGCCAGGUGUGUUGCAUUGAACAGUCUUGGUUUGUUUAUAACUGAAUCACUGGUACAUUUGGGUGGCCAUCAAAGGAUAUAUGAUUGCCUUGCCUUGCUGAUAAGUUCUCUAGAAUUUCACAGUCAGGUUGUUUCAACAGUAGCGUUAGAUGUGCUUUGGUCUUUAACAUUCUACUACGAUUACAUUGAAGCUUUUGAUAAAGACCUGCCCUUGAAGAUUGUGGAGGCUAUCUGUCACGUGACUUUACACAUCCAAGCAACUCAAAAGUCAAGCACAUCAGAUCUUCCUCCAGAAGAAUCUCCAGAGUACAUUAGCAAAUUAUUGCUUUGUCUGCUUGACUGGAUAAUGGUGAUGCCUUGUGAGGUUCUAUUAAGAAGCCGAACAGAUCAUGAUGAAAAUCUCACUUAUCUCGGCUUAGCUAUGAAGAUCUUUAAAAAAUGCUCUAAAGAUAAAGUCGAAAGACUGAGUUUGGACAGACGGCGAUCAUUAAACAUCAAUCAGCUCUUUGUUGGUGAAAACCGGCCAAUACGACUCGCGCGUGUACACAACGAUUUGAGUAUGGACGACCCACAUGGUAUAACUGAUGAUGAUGAUUUCUUGUACAGUGAUACUGUUGAUGGUGAUGAUAAUGUCCUACCAUUGACUGCAAACUAUGGCAUCAGCCAAAUAUUAAAUUAUUACCAACAUUUUCCAUUCGAUACUGGCGCUGUUCAACCAAGCAGUCUCAUACUGGAGAGUGAGGAUCAUGAUGGCGGCGAAAGCGUUGACGACACUAUGUUAUUGGAGAGUCACAAUGUCCAAUUCAUUCUCCUGGACGACACAACUGUAUUGUCGGUAGUGGAGUUGCCAUUGACUAGAAAAGAUACGGCUGGUGUAAAUUUUUACGGUCCUAAAACGGUCAGCCGUUUUAUUCUACGUGAUCAAUCUGGCAAGCACUGCUGGGAUAUUGCUGAUGUGUUCACGCUUGAUGGGAAAACUUCUGAGCCGUAUACUGAUCUUAUUGACGACAUGCGACAAAGCUUAGUACGUAAACACAGUCGAAACUUAUCUGUGUCGGCGACAAGAUUAAGCUCGCGUGCUUCUUUCGUUCUACCCACGUGGGAAACUGUUGAUGCUAAUGCUGAUCGAGUCGACCAGCUGCUUCGUUAUAUUGGUCAUUCGAGUCCUGAAUGUUUACUUUUCCCUGAUCAACAAUUAAACUUCCCCGCACCUGUUCCUGAUUCGAUAGACGUGAGGCUUCAAAGCUCUGCAGUGACAUCUGUUUUAAAACAACACAACGAGGAAGAGAAUUAUGUUCACGAAAUUGCCCACGACGCACGAAUAACCGCGCGUGAAGUUUAUCCACCUGUUUACUACGACCCUUUGUCGUCAUACCACGUAUCAAAGAUGUUACUUCAUCAACUAGGAUUCUUUUCCUGGAAUAAAAGACCAAAUGUAGAAUUGCUGGAGAGAAAUGAAAAACUGCUCCGUGAGAUCAAGAACCUAGAUAACAGACCAAGCCGUGAAACCCAGAAGAUUGCUGUGUUCUAUGUCGGUGCCGGUCAGGAAGACAAACAUUCGAUUCUUUCUAAUAGUACAGGAAGUAAGAAGUUUGAGGAAUUUCUUUCUGGCAUGGGCUGGGAGGUUGAUUUAUCAACCCACACUGGCUUCAUGGGUGGUUUGGAACGGAACUUGUCAACAGGUGUGUCAGCCCCCUACUUUGCAACCCACUCCCUCGAAGUGAUUUUUCAUGUUUCCACGAGAAUGCCUGGUGAAGGAGAAGAACAACUGAAAACUAAAUUCCGCCACCUUGGUAACGACGAAGUUCAUAUCAUUUGGACCGAACACAAUCGUGAUUUCCGUCGUGGCAUCAUUAAUACCGAAUUUGCCGACGUCAUGAUCGUGAUUUAUCCGCUACAAAACAACUUGUACAGAAUACAAAUUGAUCGCAAUCCCAAGAUACCUCCAUUUGGACCGUUAUUUGAUGGCGCAAUUGUUGACGGCGAUCUAUUGCCUCGAUUGGUUCGAAGUACCGCUAUUAGUGCUGGUCGAGCAAAAAGAUCGACAAUAAAAUUUUACAAACGACAUUUUGAAGAGCGUGCGCGUUGUAUCCGGGACAUCGCAAAAAAUCGCGUACGUCCAACAUCGUUCGAAGAUUUUGUUUCCGGUUUGUUUAAACCUGGUCUGCCUCCCAUUACGACACACCGUGACUCUGACGAUGUGGAUGGCAUUCAUCGCACCUUUAGCGCACCCUCCCGGACUAAUACAAUGACGGAUCCGUCAGCUGUCCUCAAGCUGCUUGACAUGCCGGAACAGCCAUUUCGUGGCCGAGUAAGCAGUAGUAUUACGAAACAAGAAUAUCAAGUUUAUCGUGCAGCAUCAAACACGUCCCUAAAUAUCCAACAUGACGAUCCUUCUGCUGUUCUGUCGGAUUCUGACCAAAAUAAAGAAUACAAAGAUCGAAGAAAAUCUAUCACAAAGCGUCUUAAGAAAAAAGCUUCAUCCGUGGAAAUACCAAUGUUUGGUUCUACUGAAAAGACUGGGGAUUAGUUUGUUGGGUGACUUGAUCACGUGAUGUUAUUCUUCGCUAAUCUUAGAGCGAAAUGUUAAUAAAAUGACCGAAAAAUUGAACUGCCUGAUGAUAUAUGUUCGUUUCUAAUCUGUGAAUAUUUAAAAUUAAAAAAAACUUAUAGUUUAAAAAGAUUUUGUAAAAAAAAGGAAAUAAUAUGUAAUGUUUAAACAGAAACCGCACCCGACAUUUAGGUUUGAAUUUGGAGCUUCAAGUCAUAAUUCAUAACGCGUUGUACAAAUUAAGCAACCUAUCAGUGCGGGACGCUGAUUGGUUGCUUUUGUACACGCAGGUGACGAAUAAGAAAUGAGCUUUUUUAUUGGCUAAUAAAAUCGGGUACGUUGUGUUAAAAAAAGUGUUCUUGUCUCCCUUUUAAUCUUUUCUAACGUUGAGAUUCAAAAACCCACAGCAUAUAAAAGUAUAUAUAUUUUUGAUUUUUUGUUUAUUUUUUAUGAUUUAUCCCUCUUUCUAUCUUCUCUACUCAAUAUGGUCGUUCGUUUUUUGAUUAAACAAUAGGCAGAAAAAUUUAGCUUGCAUGCCAACUUCCCUGAUUAACAUAGUUAAAAAAUUUUGAGACUUCUUGCUUCAAUUUGCUAUAAAAAAUACGGAUAUAUUCUUUUGAUACAUUUCUCCAACUUUUAUUUUUCAAGUUUUUGCUCGGAUUUAGAAAAUAUUGCGUUUUCUGUGCAGCGCAGAUCAGCUGUUUUCUUGUUGCAUUUGUGAUAAGUUUAAAGAAAAAAAUUAUUUGUAGAAAAUUAUGUUGAUUUCUGGUAUAAAUGUUUUUAAUGAAAUAAUGUGUAUGAUCGAAGAAAAUAA